AUGCUAGUGAUAUCUACAAGAAUCCGCUCCGUGCCCCGGCUCAUCUCAUUCUCGAUCAUGACUCCCUCCUUGUGUAUUCCGCUUUCACCAUUCCCCCACCAUUCCCCCACCAUUCCCCCACCAUUCCCCCACCAUUCCCCCACCAUUCCCCCACCAUUCCCCCACCGUUCCCCCACCGUUCCCCCACCGUUCCCCCACCGUUCCCCCACCAUUCCCCCACCCUUCCCCCACCAUUCCCCCAUCAUUCCCCCACCAUUCCCCCAUCAUUCCCCCACCAUUCCCCCACCAUUCCCCCACCAUUCCCCCACUAGUCCCCCAUCAUUCCCCCACCAUUCCCCCACCAUUCCCCCACCAUUCCCCCACCAUUCCCCCACCAUUCCCCCACCAUUCCCCCACCAUUUCCCCACCAUUCCCCCACCAUUCCCCCACCAUUCCCCCACCAUUCCCCCACCAUUCCCCCACCAUUCCCCCACCAUUUCCCCACCAUUCCCCCACCAUUCCCCACCAUUCCCCCACCAUUCCCCCACCAUUCCCCCACCAUUCCCCCACCAUUCCCCAACCAAUCCCCCACCAACCCCCCACCAACCCCCCAGGAUUGACUUCUGCUCAUUGGCCAACAACCACGUGCUGGACUUUCAGGCGCAGGGCAUGCGCGAGACCAUGGAGAGCCUGACACGUGUCGGCACUCGAUUCGCUGGCUGUGGGCGGAAUCUGGCUGAGGCAUCAGCGCCGGCGUUCAUCACGCUCCGCGGUGGCAACAGCUCGUUGCCGCCCAUCCAGCUGGCACUGUUCAGUGCUGCCGACCACUUCAAGUACUGGGCGGCUACUGAAGAUUCGCCUGGAAUCCACCUGAUAGACCCUGAGAGAGUGACCGAUGCGGACCUGCACCGCAUCGCUGGCCUUGUGGCAGCGGCAAAAAAUAGCACUCACACGAGCACUGCCGGAGAACCGCCACCCUCAGCAGCAGCUUCAGCAACAGCCGCAGCAGCAGCAGCAGCAGCAGUACAACCGCCACCACCACCACGAGAAGCAGCAGCAGAGGCAGCGAGCAGCCUUCCUGCAAGGACCCUGGCAGUGGUGUGCAUGCACUGGGGCCCCAACUACGCCUGGCACCCCAGCCCUGCCAUCCGCCGCCUCGCCCACGCCCUCAUCGACCGCUGCGGUGCCAACCUCGUUAUAGGCACGUCCGCGCACCACAUACAGGGCGUGGAAUUCCACCACGGCGCGCCCAUCCUGUACAGCUGCGGCGAUUUCAUCGACGAUUACCGAGUGGACGAGGGGUAUCGCAACGACCUCUCCUUCCUCUUCCACCUCCACCUCCACCCCGUAUCGUGCCGCUUCACAAGCAUCAGCCUCUUCCCCAAUGCCAUUCGGCGGCUGCAGGCGAGCGUGCAUGUGAGUGUGGAGGAGCGGCGGUGGCUGUACGCUCGCAUGCGCCAGCUGUGUGCUGGCUUGGGGACGACUGUAACGCCUGUGGACCGAUCACUCCGGCAGUUGGAGAUUGUGCUGUCAAGAGAAGAGUAG